AUGGAUACAACCCAAUUAGGAGCCCUCAUUAUGAAAUUAGGAGCAGCAAAUACCAAAGCAAGGUUGAAUGUAUAUAAUGAAAUAAUUAAGAAACCAGGUUCUCCCCAGGCUUUGAAAGCCCUUAAUUGUUGCGUUGAGGCAUACAAAUACGCAAUCUUAUCAUUUGAAAUGGUAUCUUCAGAAUUGGUUGAAGAUCCCAAAACCGCAAACUAUGAUGUAGCUGUUAUAGGUCCCGAAAUUGCUAAUUGUGAAAAGGAACUGAUCAACGCAAAGGUUCAAGCACAUCGACUCCUUGCUGGGAAUCGAUUUAUGAAAUAUUAUGUCUCAUUGGGAUAUAAGAUAACAUCAACUCUGGAGCUUGAAAAUCCAAAUGAGCGUGUUGCCAUUAUUGCUGCUGUUGAAACUGUGAAUUAA